AUGAAUGACAGUCUAGGGGCGCUGAUUGCGAUCGUGGUCCUCUGGUCGAUCCUCCGCUUCGCCUUUGGCGGCGGCAACAACAACACCGGCUCUGGGAAUGCCGCUCCGGCAUUGAACACGGCUCGCUCGCGCCAGGUUCCACAGCACAUGGUCGACUCGGUCAAGACGUUGUUCCCGCACAUCUCGGAUGCUUCGAUCCGCUACGAUCUCCAACGCUCCGGAAGCGUCGAAGCCACUUGCGAACGCAUCCUCAACGAAGGAGGUCUUCCUUCUCCGCCCGCUGGCUUCUUCGGCACGGCCGAACCAUCGACGCCGUCGAAUGCCGCUGCGCUGCGCGCGCAGAACGCGAAUCGCUCUCCGAACGGAGCUGCAUCAGGAUCGGCAUCUUCCAUCAGCACACCGAGCAAGUCGCCCAACCUCAUCUCUCGUUACGGCCUGCAGUCUCGUAUUGGACAGGAGGACGUGCUGUCGACGCCCGAAUCGCGCGCAAGCACUAGCAGCCACGGCAGUCCGAGCGCAUGGGCCACCACGCCCGAGGCAAGGGCAAAGCUGCUCCAGGAUCGCAAGGCGCAGAUGAUUCUCGAAGCGAGGAGGAAGCUCAUGGAAAGGCAGCAGAGUGCGGCGAAAGAAGCAGCGGAUAAGGCCUCGACGGACUCCGCAGCCGCAACCGCAACCUCGUGA